AUGCAGGUCGUGGAGGCCGAUCACCGCCCGGAUGAACUCGACUUCAUGGAGGCCGUCAAGGAGAUCACAGAGAAGAAGUCCGUGCCGCAAGUUUUCGUGGGUGGCAAGUUCAUCCCAGGUGGCUGCGACAACAUCAUGGACUUGCGAGAGAAAGGCGAGCUCAAGCCCUUGCUGCAGGAGGAUGCACUCGCCCAAGUUGCACCAGCAACCCCAAAGACCGUCAUUAGGGUAUUGCAGGGACCUCCAUCCUCGGAGCUUAAAAUGGCGAGCGGCGAGCGCAUCAGUUGCGAGUACUUUCGCGGGAGUGGCCAGCAUCAGGCCUUCGUCUUCUACCGUUCUGAAUCGAAUGGUUCAAAAAUUGAAGUCCAGCCAGCAGCUGCCGGUGGGCUGUGUUAUUAUCCCGAGGCGAAUUGUGAACUAAGCGAUUUCAGCUGCUGCACAGUUACCAGCACCGUGAGCAAGGAAGCUGACCGGUGCCAGCUCCACAACACGAUCUAUUGCCUUGCGGCUAUCUUUUUGGCUUUCCAGCUUCCUGGAAUGUGCCGGCGCCUCGGCUUCUUCACGAGCAGCACGGCUUCGGAGGCGUGUAGCAGCGCCCAAAUUCCACAGUCAGCUUUGACCCAUGAGCCCCGCAGCCCGAGCACGGAAGAGGAAGCGGCAGAAGAGGCCUCCGAAAGCCAGGACCAGGAAGACUCCGAAGAGGACGAGCCAGAGUCCACUGACUCAAGAGUUUGUGUUAGGCGCGUACUGCGCAUCCUCGCCUGCCUCGCCAUAAUGGCUUUUAUUGCUGCGGAGGUGUACUGCGCCAUUCUGAUUGCAAACGCUACCCAGCGUGCUCUCACAGUGCCGGAAAGAAAUUCCAUGCUUGCCGCAGACGCUUUCUUGGUGCCCUUGGUUGAGAUUUUCCAGUUCCUGGAAGAUGUCGUCGCGGUGAAGAUUAGUGCGGCCAUGGUUACAGGUGAAACCCAUCUAGUCCGGCACAUCCUGAUAAUGGGCGUAGUGGGUGGGAUACUUUGUGGAACUGUCGCCGCCUCAAUAGCCACGGCAAUAUGCAGCUGGCCAGCAGCCAUUCAGUGGAUCUUGGCGCCAUAUUCCAUGCACGACUCCUAUCUGCAGUGCCCCUUGGUUCCACAGGGGCCAGCUGCGGCGGAUUCGGCACGGAUGUAUUGGCUCUUGCAGGUCUGGAGUUGGCCCUUGGGUUUCGCCUGCCGCGCCAUCAAAGGAUUCCUUUUCGGAAGUGGGGACAUUGUGUUGGGCAUGACCGUUUUGGGUUUGGCCAAUGGCAUGGUGUCGAUCGGCGGGGUCUAUCUGUUUUUUCUCCCGCAGCCCUCGCUGGACUCGCUGGGCUGGAUCUCUUUUGCCUGCUCUGGCGCUUCGUUUCUGAUUCUUCUGGCUAUGUUUGCAGCGCGACGGGACCUCCGCCAGCGCUACGGCCUACGCAUCACCCGGCCGUCAGACACCGAGACUGCAGCGAGCAGACCGGCAGAGUUCUCGGCGCGCUCCCUGUGGAAAGACACCUCACGCGAAGGCUUCAUGGCCAUGAUCCUGGAUGUCUCAGCCCAGAUGCCUGCAACCGUGGGGAUCUACACAGCCGGGACGAGAUUGGGCUUGGGUGCCAUGUACCAAAUCAGUUCAUUGCAGGCUGCCUUCCCUCAGUAUGGCUUGGCUUGGGUCAUCGGAUUGACAUACAUCCUGCGACUCAAGGGUACGCAGCUCGUCUCCGAAGGGGAGUAUGAGCAGUUUCGCGGCCUCUUUCGACUGGCGACCCUCUACUCGUUGCUGCUCAUCGUCGCCGUCGCGGCAUCGGUCAUCCCCUACAGUGACGCACUGUCGUUUCUCCAAGCAGAGCAAGCCUGCGAAUACGCCUCGGAUCUUUCUUGCCUUCCUCACUACACAAGCAUAUUUGGCGGCGGCCACCUGAAAGGCGACACCCUCCAGCAAGCCUUCCGGUAUUUUUUCACGCCUGUCUUGAUUGCCCGGUGCUUUUACCAGGUUUUCAAAGCCGGGAUGUACGUGUGCUUGGACUGGAUCUUCAUGGCCAAAGUGGGGCUGAUCUCCUUGUCAUGUAUCUUCGUGCCAGCGAUCCUGGUUGCUGUUUGGGGUCUAGGUACACCCUCAGCGAUCUUCGUCGCGAUGUACUUGCCCUGGCUUUUCAUGACCGGCGCCUUCAUGUUGCGGACGCGGCAUAACAUCAAGAAGAUGCUGGCGGAGACGCCUGCCCCACCGGGUGCCUACGACUUCGACCUUUUCGUCCUGGGGGGCGGCAGUGGCGGCUGCGCGGCUGCUUUGGAAGCAGCCAGGGACAAGACGAAGAAGAUUGCCGUGGCAGACUUCGUAAAGCCAUCACCGCAGGGAACCACAUGGGGAGUUGGUGGUACUUGCGUGAACGUGGGCUGCAUCCCAAAGAAACUUAUGCACAUCGCCGCAACAAAGAAGGAGGAUAUCCAUGACCUGGCCAGCUAUGGGUUCAGGCAGAAGUCCGAUGGAGGUGUGGUUGACGUCACUCACGAUUGGCAGGAGAUGUGCAAAGGAAUCCAAGGCUACAUCAAAGAGUCGCUGAACCAGGGUAUGCUGGAUGGCUUCGAAGCCAAUGGCAUCAAGUACUACAACAAGUACGCCGCACUGAAGGACCGUCAUACUAUUCAGCUGGACGAUGGCCAGGGAGGCAUUGAGACGGUCACUGCCAACUACAUCAUGCUCGCGGCCGGGGGUCGGCCCAACCACGGCGGCUACCCAGGAGCCGAUGAGCAUUGUAUCUCUUCGGAUGACCUCUUCUGGAUCAAGGAAGCCCCCGGCAAGACCCUGGUGGUUGGGGCGGCCUACAUCGCCCUGGAGUGUGCUGGCUUCUUGAAUGGCCUUGGCUACGAUACCACCGUCAUGGUGCGUUCCAUGCUGCUGCGUGGCUUCGACCGUGAGUGUGUGGACAAGAUCGACCUGUACAUGCAGAAGGUUGGAGUGAAGUUCAUCCGUGGCACCGUGCCGGACAGGUUCGAGAAGGGCACCACGAAGAAGGUGAAAGCGAUUUGGAAGAAGGGAGACCAGGAGUUUAGCGAUGAGUUCGACACUGUCCUCCUGGCCAUUGGCCGCACCGGUGAGGGGGCGAAGCUGGGCCUUGAGAAUGCUGGCGUGUCCUACAGCCCGAAGACCGGCAAGGUUGCGGCCCCUGCGGAGGCGACCAAUGUGCCCAACAUCUACUGCAUCGGCGAUCUCGUCGAGAACAGGCCAGAGCUGACCCCCGUGGCCAAGGUAGCCGGAAAGAAGGUUGUGCACCGACUCUUCCAGGGCGACCAGGAGGCUAUGAACUACCGCCUGAUCGCGACGACGGUCUUCACGCCUCUGGAAUAUGGCAUGUGUGGCCUCAACGAGGAGCAGUGCAAGGAGAAGUACGGGGACGACGGCUACACCUCCUACACGAAGGAGGCUAAACCCCUCGAGUGGUCAGUGGUGAAGCACCGCAGCCCCGAUGCUUUCUUCAAGGUCCUGGUGGACAACAAGAGCACGCGCGUCGUGGGUUUCCACGUCCUGGGCCCGAACGCAGGCGAAAUCACCCAGGCAGUGGGACUCGCCAUGAAGGUCGGCGUGACGAAGAACCAACUGGACGACUGCGUGGGGAUCCACCCCACACUCGCCGAGACCAUGACCAUGCUCUCUGGACAGAAGAUCGAAGGCGUCGUGUGCGAAUCCUGA